AUGACCGUCACCAACACCCUUGGAUACUUGCUUCUUCUACAUGCCGCUUAUUCCUCAUACGAACAUCACCAUACUCUCAAACUCUCCAGCACACUCCCCACGGAAAUCAUUUUGGAGCUUGUGAUUGGUCUCAUGGUUGUCAACUUCGGAACCUUGGGCCAGCUUCAGUAUCCGAGAUCGGCGGUCUUGGAAACAGGCUUGAUGUUGGAGAACGAACACACAUACCUCAAACCAAUAGAGAUGUCGCGCGCUAUGGUAGCCGUCAAUAAGCUUGGUGUGAGCGAGUAUGAGUAUUUAGAUACUCGCGUGGAAUUGAUGGAUGUGAGGAAGAAGCGGGAGGAGUAUGCCAGAUGGACCAACGGGGAGACCUAG